AUAACACCACCUUCCUCGACUCGCUCACCAUAUCUCCUGCAGGUGUUCCACACGCCACACCCCCCCACACACACUGGAGCGUGCGGCCACACAGGCAACAUGGGGCGGCUGACGCAGAGAACAGCUAGCUUAACCUGCUUACACGCCGUUAUUUUGGUGUGUGUAGCUGCAGGAGGCGGAGUCCGCGACGACGUGGAAAUAGUGAUGAGCCGCGUGUUUGACUCAGCGAUGAACAAGACCAGUCACGCUAGUUCCGCCAGUCUGCUUCCGCUCCUCCAGCCUGAUGGCUCCUUCUCCGACCUCCAUUAUGGGGAGGACGCCUCGGACUCCUUCAGGACCCACGGUCGUCGACAGGGAGCCCUCGCCUACCGAUACCUCCGAGGAGAGGACCUCGCUGACCAAGUCAUCAGCUGCUUCUCGUUCAUUACCUACGACGCUCCUCCCAACACAGACAGCAACUGGUGGGGUCAUGUGAUAGGGACGCCGGACUACAUGUGGGAGGGCGCGGUGCUGGCCAGAGACAUCCUCCCCCCAGACCUGCUCAUCGCCUUCCUCGACAGAUAUUGGGUCAAUACUCAAGCAGGACCAGUGUGGGAUGCUGGUGACCACACAGGGAAAAUGGCAGGAGGAAACUUGGCCAUGCGAGCGAUGCUGGCCGAGGUCGAGGGCCUCCUGCGGGGCACGUAUCUUCAAGUCCACCAGCUGGUGUCUGAGGCCCUUCACCGUGAGCUGGCCCUCAGACAGCCUUGGAAUGAAGAGGGUCUCAGACCAGACGGUUGCCUCAACCAGCACAACCAGAAGGGGAAGCACACCACAGAAAACGGGUACCUCGACCAUACUCUGUGGAACAUCUACAACGGUCACUACGGCAAAGAGAUGCUCAGGUACGACGCACGGCUGAUGUCCUGGUACACGGGGACUGAUCUGGACUUCGACGACGACACUGUCGAGGGAAUCUUCGCCGCCUUCCUGGAGUGUGAGCAGUGGCUCUUCAGGGGGAGCACCUUCGAGCCCACCACCCUCGGCCGCUUCAUCACUAAUGGCUACGAGGUGACAAGUGCCGCCACGGAAGGUGGUGUGGAGGAGACGGGGAGCCUGCUGCUGGAGCUGGGACGCCACCAGCAGGAGGUGCAGGCCGUCCUUCACCGCUACAGUCACCCAAUCCCGGACCCGGCAUACGCCCUCUCCGGCCACAAGUACUUCUUCAACUCGGACCUGACGGUGCACCAGCGGAGGGACUUUAUGGCCUCCGUCAGGAUCCUCUCCAACCGCACAGUUAGACCAGAAACUUGGUUGGAUGGUUCGAAUAUCAAUGGUUACUUCCAGGGUGAUGGGUUCAUGACGGUCCUCGUGGACAGCGAAGAAUAUGGCUCCAAGAAUCAGGAAGUCUUCCUUGUUUAUGACUGGGCCAAGGUCCCUGGCGUUACCAACCUCUACACCACUGAUAUACCACAGUACAGAUUGGAAGUCUCCUAUGUGGAGAGGUUCUUCAACAACGCGACGUUUGCCGGAGGAGUGACGGACGGCCGGGUCGGGCUGACCACUAUGGUAUACGACCGUCCACACGUCUCUCUUAACUGGCUCAAGUCUUGGUUCUUCUUCGAAGACGUCGUUGUGGUGGUUGGCUCGGCUCUCACACUAACCCCUGAGGACGCUACUGGGGAGAGUGUCAUCACCACCUUGACCCAGGUGGGCUUCGCAGGGGAGUACGUUAUUGGGCGUGAGGACGGCGGGAUGGAGACCUUCCUGCAGGGCCAGCAUCAGGAGGACGCCCCGGCCUGGCUCUUCCACCGUAGCGUCGGCUACGUCUUCCUCGAAGAUCACUACAGCCUCCUCACCUCCGCUGAGACCCGCACCAAUAAGAAUGUCAACAUUAACAUCUUCACGGCGUGGCUGGACCACGGGCCUGCUCCAGCACAGGACACUCUGGCCUACGCUGUGUUACCGGCCGCUGACCUCAACAGGACCAAGACCUUCGCUGCUGACCCCGACGUCGAGAUCAUGUCCCAGACGAGUGACCUGCAUGUCGUCUGUCAUCACCCUUCCAAGACUGUAGGAGCGGCUCUGGUAUCUGGCGGAGGUGCCACCAUAGCCUCGUGCGGGGACGUGGGUCCCCUGGAGCUGCGUGUUGACAUUCCCUGCCUCGUUCUGGUCACCAUCACCUCCCACACGGCCGACGGAGUCACAGCACAGGUCACCCUGGCAGAUCCCCAGCAGAAGUACGACUUGGUCACCUUCCAGAUGGUGGUGGACGGGCGCCAGGUGGAGGAGACGGUCCAGCUGCCACUGCCCCCUCUGAGAGGAUCCAGCAUCACCGUCUCUCUCACCUUUUAAUGUUCAGUGAGGUUCUCGAUGCUGGAGAGCUAGAGACAAAAGGACACACUCCAAUCUUGCUCUAUGACAGUUGCAAAAAUUAAUGUUUUUUGACAUCUGCAAAAAUUAUCAGAAUUAGUGGGCCAGCCAUAGGCUUAGAGCCCGCGCAGGAAUAUCCAAGCAAAAAAAAAAAAAAAGAUGACCCUCUGAACGUUAUUAAUGAGUUACAUAAAUGUCAGAUGUUCUCUAUAAGCUAUAAAAUAAUCAGAUGUGCUCUGACAGUUACGAUGAUAAAAAAAUUAAAAUAUAAUGUUAUGAAUAAGUUACAAAAACAAUAGCCAAUUUGAAUUUCAACUAAACA